AUGUUAAAGAAUAUUCUCUUAAUAUUAUUUUUAAUUAAUUAUUUUAAUUUAAUAUUAAUUAAAGCCCCGCCACCAAUGAGUCAUUUUAAUCUUGAACAUGAAUAUUACGAGUUAAAUGGUGAUCAAUUAGAAUUUAUAUUGCCACAUAUAAAAGGCGAACUUCGUCAACAAUUGUUUUACAAUGCAUAUAAAGCAAUUGAAUUUGCACGUUUAAGAGUCCAUCAGGCAAACCCUGGUGCUAAUCAAAAUGAGCAGUUAAUUUAUCUGGAUACGGUUGCUGUACAAAAUAUGAUCCAUGCAAAUUAUGAUUUUAUUCUCUAUCCACCAAAUCAAAAUAAUUUAGUUAGAACACUCAGAUUUAAUGAACCGCAUUCUAACGGAACACUAGAAAUGUGGGAAGAUGAACAUACAAAUGGAGGAGGUGUCCAGAAUCAAUUUAACCACCUUAUAGCUCUUUAUCCAAAUGGAACUUUGGAUUUAUUUUAUUAUAUUAGAUGUCGAAAUCGAAAUAAUAUUGAAAGAUUUGAAUAUAGUGAAAAACAUAGAAUUAUGAGAGAAAGCUUAAUUUUAACUUUUAUUCAACAAGUAACACAUAGAGCUGUUGAUGGAACUAUUAUAUCAAUUAAUCAAUUCCGCCCUCAAUAUUACAAAAUUAAUUUUUAG